AUGAUUUCUGGUAUAAAUAAUAACAGAAGAACUUCACAUUUUUCCAGUUUCGGAGAAGAUGUUCGAAAAGCCAACGCAAACGCUGUUGGCACUUUAAUGAAAAUACUGUUCACUUCUCUUGGGCCGAAUGGUUUAGACAAAAUGUUAAUUAAUUCCGUUGGUGAAAUGGUAAUAACAAACGAUGGUUCAACCAUUGUAAAACAGCUCGAUGUCAAACAUCCCGCAGCGAAAGUUUUGGUGGAGUUAAGUGUGUUACAAGAUAAAGAAGUCGGUGACGGAACGACUUCGGUUGUGUUAUUGGCAGCUGAAUUGAUUAAUAAGGGUCAGAAUUUAAUAAGUAGUGGAAUCCAUCCCAUUAAGGUACUUAACGCGUACAAAAAAGCGGGUAAACAUGUUGUUAAAUUUAUCCAAAAAUAUUUGUGCAAGAAAGUGACUGAGUUGGACACGGAUUUGUUGCUAGCGAUUGCAAAAACAAGUUUACAGAGCAAACUACCUAGUUUUGACGCAGAAUAUUUUGCCAAGUUGCUUGUUGAUGCGGUUCAAAAAAUUAAAAUCAUUGACGCUGCUGGAAACGUUAAGUAUCCCAUCAGCUCUUUAUCCAUUAUAAAGACAGCUGGUCAGUCCAUGAGGGACACGAAACUUGUAGACGGCUACGCUUUGUUUAAUUCGUCCCGUGCAUCGAGUGCAGUGUUCCAACAAAUACAAAACGCUAAAAUCGCCUGUUUAGAUUUUCCUUUAAAACAGUAUAGAGCUCCAAUGGGAGUAGAAUUACUCAUAACUUCGCCCGAAGAGUUGGAAAAAGUUCGUCAAGCAGAAAAAGAUAUAACGAAAAAACGUAUAGAACUUAUUAUUAAAACAGGAGCCACAGCUAUUUUUUCCUCACAAGGAAUUGACGAUAUGUCAAUCAAAUAUUUCGAUGAAGCAGGGAUAUUUGUGGUCAAACGUGUAGACAGAACCGAACUUUACCGGUUAGCUCGCGCAACUGGAGCCGUAGUUAUACGAUCUUUCCCGACUAACGAAGAAGGAGACGAAUACCUGGACGACUCCUAUCUUGGAUACGCAGAAUCCAUCUAUGAAGAAAGAAUUUCUGAUUAUGACUUUGUUUUUAUUCAGGGUGUUUCUGUCGGCACAGCAGGUACGAUCAUUGCCAGAGGUGCUAACUUAUACAUGCUUGACGAACUGGAAAGAAGUCUGCACGACGCUCUCUGUGUCCUUUCACGAACACUAGAAUCUAGCGUUGUUGUAGCAGGAGGAGGCGCUGUAGAGAUGGCGGUAGCCGCAGAGCUGAAAAUUUUUAUCAAGGAUCUGGACGCUUACGAACAAGCAGCUGUUUUGGAGUUUAUCGAAGCACUAAGUAUAAUCCCAAAAUGCAUCUCUAUCAAUGCAAUGAUUGAUUCUCACAACAUGAUCGCGCUUUUGCGUAACCACUACAGCAGCUUCGACAUUAAAGCGGUUUCUGAAGAAGAAAAAGAUAAAAUAUAUUACGGAAUAGACAUCAAAAAUAACUCAAUACGAAAUAAUAUUGCGGCUGGCGUCAUCGAACCAGCAGUAAUUAAAACGAAAAUGAUUCGCUUUGCGACAGAAUCGGCAAUCACCCUACUACGGGUCGACCACGUAAUUGAGUGUGAAAAAGUUAACCAAGAAGAACAACAAUAA